CCCCUGCCAAUAAUAGGGUCUGUUUUCCCCUGCCAAUGAUCUCAACAGGAAAUUUUUUGAUGUACUGAUGUGAUGUUUUGGGGGGAAAAAAAAGACAAAAGCUUUUGAUCGGUGUGAGUAAAACCAUGAGAUAGAGUAAAACCGCGCCAGUUGCUCAAGAGGAUGCACUGUGGGCUGGAUGGAGUCUUCAGGAGCAGGGGUGAGAAGGGCGGGCCCCACCAGGAUUGAAACCACCUCACGUGCAAAGCAGGAUGGUGGACUCCAGGAGCCUCUCCUUUCACAUCUCUGCCUGGCCCCAAACACACAGCACAAGGCAGCUGGAAAGGGGAAGACCCAGAAUUGUUGAAAUAAGUGCAGAACAAAUGCAUCUGUCCGCCAAGGAAUAAGACUUGUCUCUGCGAGGGCGGCGUAUUAGUGGGCAGACCAGAGAGGAGGGCAUCCUCCCUCCAGCAAUCCUCCGUUCAGCAUACACUGGGAGACUGCAAGGUGGGGGUCACAUACACUCCCUCAUCCUGAAUGCCAGGGGACACGCAGCUUCCCGGGGUUCCCCUCUGUCUGCAGGUAUAUUAUCCCCGCUCCCUGGUGGUUGAGUAGCCAGCGGAGGAUACAGAUGCCACACGCUCAUCUCCUCCCCAUGUGCGUGCCUGUAGCCUAGCGAUGGCACAUUUCUCCAAACCAGGCAGUGGCAUCUCAGGACUGAUGGUGCCGAGAGUUGCACAGAGUGGAAGGAAGGUGAUGACACAGGAAGGUCUCUUUCUCUGCAAAAGUUCGUUUAUCUGUUGAUGAUGCUCCUCUACUACUCUCGGGGUCUCAGCUGUCUUGCCUGACACAUUUCCUCACUCACCCUGGCUUCUCUCCUACUCUCCGGCCUCCAAACCAGUUCCAUCUCUGAACCACGACAUGGAACUUGUGAAGUGGCUGCGUUUAGGGGACCUUCACGGGAAGUGCUUCAUGCCCAGACUGAGAUUAGGGACCAGGACUGGGCACCAUGGUAUCAAUAAGGUUUGCCAGUAGGUACCGUCUGAGGGCCAAAUCUGGAUGUACUGUUAGCUCUUCACAUUCCAGGAUUAAAGAAAUGACACAUUAGUAAUAAGUGAAUCGCAGAAAUACCUAAAAAAUCCUGGAAAAGAAUACCAGUAAAGGGAAAUGGCUUCACAAAGUAAAUGUGUGCAUCUGAACUAGAAAUAGUCAUAAUUUGCAGUAGAAGGGAGAGAUUACAAACAGAACUGUGACAAAUUGAGGUGGUGCCUUAACACACAAUGAGUAUUUUAUUCACUAAUUGCUAUUUAAAAUCAACCUAAAUGUUUAACAUAAAGAGGAUUUUAAACUUGUUCACAGCACAACGCUCCCAACAAGACAUUAGUGUUCGUGGAUCUGUAAAGAAUCGACUCUCCUGCAGAUAUCUGAGGGUCUACCAUAUGAUUUCAGAUGGAAGCCAUAAUAUUUUGCUAUUCUUUGCCACCCGUUGCUGACACUGUGUACAAGUGACAACUCUGAAGAGACAUGGCAACGGAGCAACUAAGAAUGGAAUCACAAGAAUCCGUGACCUUUGCAGAUGUAGCUGUAGACUUUACUCAAGAAGAGUGGACCCUGCUAGACAAGUCUCAGAGACAACUCUUCAGAGAUGUGAUGCUGGAGAAUAUCAGUCACCUGGUCUCAAUUGGCAAACAGCUCUACAAAUCAGAUACAAUUUCCCACCUGGAACCAGGAGUGCAGCUUUCAAAAGAAGGGAUAAGUUUGCUGCAAUGCCAGAGUCUAGAUAAAGAAGAUGGUCCUAAAAAACAAGAAAUGAUAUUCAUGCAGCAUAUCUGCAAGAAGGACACAGCAUUAAUCAGUGCAAUGCAGAGAUCUCACACUCCAGAGGAUCCUUUUGAAUGCAAUGAUCUGGGAGAAAAUUUUACUGAAAUACUAACAUGGACUCAAUAUGUGGUACCUAAAAUAGAAAAGAAUCCCUUUAUCAGCAAAGAAUGUGGAAAAGACAGCAGUUAUUUGACAUCUUUUAAUAUACAUAAGCAGAGUCACACUGUAAGUAAAUCAUAUGAAUGUCAUCAACGUGAGAAAGGCUUUAUUCAAAGCUCUGCCCUUAGACAACCCAAUAAUACUCAAAAUGGAGAGAAAACAUUUGAAUGUCAUGAAUGUGGGAAAGCCUUUGGAAAAAGUUCUAACCUUAGACGACAUGAGAUGAUUCACACUGGAGUGAAACCACAUGGAUGUCAUCUAUGUGGGAAAGCCUUCACUCACUGUUCCGACCUUAGAAAACAUGAGAGAAUACACACUGGAGAGAAAUCAUAUGGAUGUCCUCUAUGCGGGAAAGCCUUCAGUAAAAGUUAUAACCUUAGGCGCCACGAGAGGAUUCACACUAGGAAAAAGAUGCAUGAAUGUCAUCUAUGUGGGAAAGCCUACACUCAAUGUUCUGACCUUAACAAACAUGAAAGAACUCACUUUGGAGAGAAACCAUAUGAAUGCAAUCUAUGUGGGAAGACAUUCAGUAAAACUUCUUACCUUAGACAACAUGAGCGAACUCAUAAUGGAGAGAAACCAUAUGAGUGUCAUCUCUGUGGGAAGGCAUUCACUCACUGUUCUCACCUUAGAAAACAUGAGAGAACUCACACUGGAGAGAAACCAUACGAAUGUCAUCUGUGUGGGAAAGCUUUCACUGAAUCUUCUGUACUUAGACGACAUGAGAGAACCCACACCGGAGAGAAACCGUAUGAAUGUCCUCUGUGUUGGAAAGCCUUUACUGAUUCUUCUGUCCUUAAACGACAUGAAAGAACUCACACUGGAGAGAAACCUUAUGAAUGCCACCUAUGUGGGAAAGCUUUCAAUCACUCUUCUGUCCUUAGGCGACAUGAGAGAACUCACACUGGUGAGAAACCAUAUGAAUGCAAUGUAUGUGGAAAAGCCUUCAACAGAAGCUAUAACUUUAGAUUGCAUAAGAGAAUCCACACUGGAGAGAAACCAUAUAAAUGUUAUAUAUGUGGGAAAGCCUUCAGUAAAUAUUUUAACCUUAGACAACAUGAGAAAACACAUAUAAAGGUAAUAAAUGUGGAAAAUUCACCACCUAUAGCUUCAAACUAUAAACACUCUUGAGGGUUCAAAUACUCAAGAAAUGCUGUUUGUAAUCAGUAUGGGAGAGCAUUUAUUCAUCCUUAUUACUUCACUCAACUUAGAUUAAUCCAAAGUGGAGAGAAUCCGUAUGUGGUCCAUCUAUAUGAUAAAACCUUCAAAUAAUGUACAUGAAAGAAUGUAAAUGAAGUGAAUGUGGAAGAAUUUCCAUACAUAGUUCUCUUUUAAAAAAAUGAAGUCACAUGUCAGAGAAAAUCUAUGUAAUCAUUGUAGAAAUACCUUCAUUUAUCCUUUAAAUAAAUUGUGCAGGAGAGAUUCUAGAUCUGUAAUCACUGUGCAUUCAAUUUAGCAACACAUCUGGCAUGCAGAAGAAAUGUGCUAAAGCGAUAAAUAAGUGGGAAACAAUCAUUAGUAGGAAGACAAGAGAAUGUUGUGGCCAAAGGGUUGUGUUCAACAAGAACUAGGACAUGAAAAAGAUUGAAGACAGUUGGAGUAUCCUAUUUCCAGGAUGCCUAAUAUACUUCCACUAAUUUCUGCAGUGACAAAGCACUGCCUCUAGUAGUGACAACACUAUUUGGCAAAACUAAAAGUAGAAGCAAAGACAACCUGACCUUGCCCCAUAUCCUUGUCACAACAGCUACAAAUCCACAAUUCACCCAACUAAGGAUACCUAGGAGUCCCAGCUCCUCCAACAUGCAAAUACAGAAAGCUAGAAGAGCAGUUAACACUUCUCUUCUGCCAGGACAACAAAAGGCUGAGUCGUUCGUUGGUACUUUUAUAAGUAAAAGUUUGAACAUUAAUAAGUAAUCGUGUUUCACAAGUGGCAAAAACAAAGAUGCAAAUCUUUAUUUUAUUAAAUGUCAUGAGGGAAUAUGCAAUGCCCUUUUCAAUCCUUGAUUUGUCCUUUCGUUUGAAUAUAUGACGUGUCCCAUGUGGAACCUCUAUUAAAGUCACCCACUAAUGUCACUAACAGGAUAUAGUUUCCCAAACCUUGAACUAUUGAAGUUCUCCAUCUUCUCAUGUUUCUUAUAACUUCUUCUAUUUUGUAUAGUAAUAGAAGUUUUCCUAACUCCAAUCUAAAGAUACAUGUGGAUCUGUUCCUUGUGUCUUUAUCAGCUUUCCUGCUGCUUUGCAAAGAUGUUUUUGUAUUUUUUAAUUUCACACAUUGUCUUAAAAAAAAAGGAAGAGGCUGAGUUGAUGUUUUACCCAGACAAGUUUAUUAUUGUCUUAGUGAGAGGACAUCACUUCUUCCAUCUAGGAAUUAAAAUACACUCAGGCUAGAUUGCAGCUUUGAUUUCAUUCAUUCAUUCAUUCAUUCAUUCAUGCCUUUCAGGUCCUUCCUCUAUUCCUCUAGAUUUAUUGAAGGAACCUUCCAAAGUACAAUAAACUGAGAAGAUAAAACACUUUUUUUUCCUCUCUGUCCAUCCCCACCUAAAAACUGAUGGGGAAAAGGAUCUCAGUAUUUGAGAUCUCUGUAUUUCAGUCAGCCUGUGCCAGUCCACAAGUUCAUAAACCCAUCUACUUAUUAUUCCCUGGUAGUAUACUUUAGCCUAUGAUUUUCAGUGUCUAUACUAAGCAGAUUCCCCCAGAUGUGGAAAUCAGAUGGCCUCUUCAAGGUUAUUACAAUCUUCUCUGGUUCCACAAAUCUCUGAAUUUAAAACAAUACAUUUUUAUUUGAAUCUUUAAUUUUCUGUUGUCUGUCUUAUCUCUAUUCACACAACUUAACCUAGAAGAAGGUCAAAAUUUGUUUGAAUGAAUUUCCAACUGAUUUUGUUAGCAGUCCAAAAAAGUGGCCUAUUUUAUCUGGACUGCCCUUUCAUGGUGUUCCUUUCCAAAUGUUCCAGUAGAAAGUCACUCUGAGUAUGAUAAGCAUGUCAUCGAGCUUCCCUUUUCUGAUUUUAUCAAGUCGUCUAAACACACUACACUUCAGUUAUUUUGAGCAGUUGCUUUGUGUGUAUUAGUACCGUUUCAUUGCUAUCAUUGGUCAAUUGGUCCAAUAAAGCUACUCAGGACCAAACUGGAAAUAAUUCACCUGGAGACAUUUUAAAGCAAAGAAUGAUUUAUCUCUAUUUUUAAUACAGAUAUUUGUCACAAUUUUGAACAUACUGUUUACAUAGGAAAAAUUCCUCAGUUUACAACUUGGAAUCACAUUAAAACUUUCUUUCUCAUGGGAAUAUUUUAAUUAUCUGCACUUUCCUAAUUUAAUGUCUUUUUUUUUUUUUAAGAUUUUAUUUAUUCAUGAGAGAUACAGAGAGAGGCAGGCUCCAUGCAGGAAGCCCGAUGUGGGAGUUGAUCUCGGGACUCCGGGAUCAUGACCUGAACAAAAGGCACGCUCAACUGCUGAGCCACCCAGGCAUCCCUACUAACUUAAUUUCUUGAGAAUGUUAUCAAACACCUAAAUAUCAACACUUUGUCUUCAUCUCUUUUAACAUACGCCACCAUACAGACCAGUUCUGCUGGGUUGUGAUGGGAGGUCAGCACACAUUUCAUCCCUGUACCAAAUACCUGGGCCUCCUCAGCCCUGUUGAUGUCCAAGGGUGAAAUACCCCCAAUAUCUAGGCAACACAGGCACAGGGUGUGUGUCAGCAGUUGUCUAUGGUCAGAGGGCAUAUGGUAAUUAUAUGAUCUCCACACAGUCCAGUUUCCUUGGUGCUUCUGUGACUUAGAACAUCAUGGUGUCAGAGUAUGUGAUCAACGUGGAAAGUGCAUACGUGAUUCUAAGAACAUAUACACGCUUUAAUCAUACCUUGUGUGUGCAUACACAUGCAUAUGUUAGGGUUUGUGUAUGUUGAGGGUACUGUGUUCAAAGUACGUUAGGGAUGCCUGGGUAGCUCAGCAGUUGAGCAUCUGCCUUUGGCUCAGGGCAUGAUCCCGGGAUCCAGGAUCAAGUCCCACAUCGGACCCCUUGCAGGGAGCCUGCUUCUCCUCUGCCUGUCUCUCUACCUCUCUGUCUCUCAUGAAUAAAUAAUUGUCUUUAAAAAAAAAAAUUAAAGUGAAGAUAAUUAAACCAGGUUCCCAGGUUCCUAUGGCAUGAGUGUGUGUGAUGACAUGCUUCAGAGGGUGCAGCAGGUGGAAAGUAAGGUCUCCCUGGUACCAGUUCACCAGUCAAGGCUCACAGAGCACUCCCAUGGGGGAGACUGGGAAAAGUGAAGCCAACAUGGUGGAGUCAGGCCUGUGGGACUUGCUGGGGUUCUGGAGAAGGGAAGGCCAGAUCCUGACCAGUGGGAAACUAUGAUCCAGGGUCUGGACGACUCAGAGAAGUGGGAACUGUGGGCACCAGUGAUGGGGGCUCUGAGUGGGAGAGCUGUUAAGUUUGGACAGAAUGUUGGGGAGUGAGUUACAGAGCUAUGUGGUGGAAAGCCUGUAGGUUGGGGGAUCAAGGAUCCUAAAUUCUCCACCAAGGGAAAGGACCAAAGGUACUUUGAGGCAACUCCAAAAUGUAGGGUGAUGCAUACUGUUGGAGGAAGGAGGGGCAGGUGCACAAGCACCUGGGUAGGUGAGGCAUAGACUGCUCACACUGGCUACAUGUCUCUCAAGGCCCAGCACAUCUGGACCAAGCCUCACUGCCCCUGCCCCUUCCCAGGAGAGGCCCCUCUUUGAUCACACUCCUCUUUGACCAACACUACAUACCCUAUAGUCUAUCGAGCUAGAAGCAAAUUUCCUGGAGUAAAGGUACCACCUAAGUGGACCAGGUUCUGCUGUCUUUGAGACUCAAAUCCUACAUUCAUUGGUACCUCCUGCCCCACCCGUUCUCUGCACCUGCCCAUACUGUCAGCAAAGAGACCCUCAUCACCCUGAGUGGCUCAGGACACUGGUCAUUCUCCUGCCACGUCUAACUUAUUUUGUUUCUGGUUGGAAAGCUAUCCUUGUCUGUACUUUCUGCCUUUGGGUUCUUCACUGUCUCUUGUCUCAACAUCAUGACAAAUCAUAAUUAGGGAGUGGAUUACUGCCCUUCGCUAUCAUCAACCAAGUUGGCCCUUAAGACCAUCCCCCAGGCACCAUGCCAUUCCUGAUCCUAGCAUUCUGCAGACCCCAGGCCUCUCCUGAGACCCUGUUUCUGUUCUCCUGGGAACUGCACCUACUGUUUCUCAUGCUUUUGCUUCCAUCUACCUCAGGGAAGUCCUGGGAGGUGGGGUGGAGAUGGCAGGUCAACAACCUCUACUUUUAUUCCAAAUUUUACCUUCCUUGCUGUGUCUGGCAUGGUGUUUACAUUCCCAGUGUUUUGCUGGAAAGUCAGCUCUUGCUAGGAGGACAGCACUGUUAGCACAUCCAUAUGGAUGUGGAUGUUGGAUGUGGGCAUACGGAGGAAAGAACAAUUCAGAGGAAGAAAAAGACAGACAGAAUGAAUCAGAGAAAGUGAGGUAGAAUGAGAGAGUACAAUAAAGGAUGGGGGGGGUGGGUCCAAUGGGCUCAUAAAGAACAAAUAGCAGCAAAUUACGAGUGAUCUAGACAAGAUUCAGUGGGAUAAAUGAAAACAAGUUGGAAAAAAAAUGUUGGACCAUGAGAGAUGAAGGAGACAGAAGUAGGCCUUAAGAACAGCAUAGGGCAUAAAGGAAGGGCAAAUGUCAUAAUUAUUACAUUUUAAAAUUUUUCUAAAUUACUUCCCACUCAAAAUUUAUUGUCAUAAGACCUGAAAAUAUUCCUCAACCUAUGUUAAAUAAUUUUACAUAAUUUCAAUAUGUAUUUUUUUAAAGAUUUUAUUUAUC